UCGUUUUUUCGUAGAAAUGAAAGAAAUCAAACAGAAAUGUUGCAAUUUUUUAAAUGUGCCUUUUAAAUGAAUAAUAUUGAUAUUAAUAUCAUAAUUCCAGUCCAGUGUAGGACUUAAAAUUAUUGUUAGAUCAGUGUUCAUUCCAUAACGCAUAACUGUGCAAAUAGGAUAGGAAAUAAUACAAUGGAUCUUCAAAAGCUAGUAGAUGAAAACCAAUCUAUUAAAAUUGUACCAUCUAUUGAAGAUACGCUUCGCAGCUCUGGUUUCAAUGUAGACUUAGACGAGUCAGCAUUCUUGUGGUUUUCACAACUUCAAAGAACUUGGAAGACAUGGAAAAAAAGUGUAACUGUGGAGAACAAUAUAGAAUCAUUUUAUCAGUCAACCCAAGAGCCAUUUAGACUUGCCUUGGCUUUAGUUAUCAAAUGUGACGAAUUCAAAGACUGCAAACCGAAAUCAUUGCCAUUUUGUAUCAUUGAAACACUUUCAAAAUGGUCUGAAAGAAAUAAUGUGUCCCCUGAUGAAUAUUUGAAACUACCUGCAUUUAAAAUAGCAAUAACGCAGAGGAAUCAAUCGUUUUUUAAUUUGAUAGUCAAAACAUAUCAAUUAACGACAAUAAAGGAAGUCAUUCUGCCAAUGGUACAUGAUAUUAUUGAAGUUGGAAAUUAUAAACAAGCAUGUCAAAUAAUCAUAGCCAUGAAGUUGUUUGAUGAUAUUCCAAUUGACACAGUGCUGUUUCCUCUGGUCCUCCAAGACAAACACAACAUUAUUGAUGAUUACCUUACAGAGUGCCCCCAACAGGUUACUCCAUUUUUAUUGUUUCUUGAUAACCUCCUGGACAAAAGUUUUAAUAUUCGAGAGUAUGUCCAAAAUUACCUAGAAAAUCAUGCAGUUGGGGAGAUUAAAUAUGAAAAAUUGCAUUACAAACCACUUGGAAAACUGGUAGCACGGCUCUGUAAUAAAUAUAAAGUUCCUAUUGAAACAUGCAAGAACCUCAGCAAGAACCGCACCACUGGUGGGCUGAGGUACUUGAUCCACCAGAAGUAUCAAGAGCACAAUGUGAGUGCAUCAGUGUGGGAGGACCUUGUGAAGGAUUCUCUGAAGCAAAAUGUUGGCUCAGCUGCAGAGUUCAUAGAUAUGCUUACUGAAUAUGACAGAAAAGAAGCCCUGAAAUGGGCCAAGUACUUGAAUAUGCCUGAAUGUGACUACCCACCUGGGCUGACGGCAAUGCCAACACAGUCUGGACAAGACGAAGCUGAAGAAGAUUGGGAUGUCCAACAAAAUGAAGAAGAAUGUUAUAAAUUAACUUUACAGGAUGACCAAAUAAUUCUCGUAGACACAGGGGAAAAGUUCUAUGACAUGAUGAAUUCUAAUUUAACAAAAAGUAGAGUUGUGAGCAUUGACUGUGAAUGGAAGCCUUCAUUUGGAGCAACUCAGUCACAGGUUGCUCUUAUACAAGUAGGCACAUUUGAAAAAGUUUACCUCAUUGAUUCAGUACUGUUGAAUAGUAAGGAAUAUUUAAGUUUCUGGUAUACUUUUAACAAAUCCCUAUUGGAUAAUGCUGAAAUUAUUAAACUUGGCUUUGGACUGGAACAGGACUUGCGGGAGAUGAAGGCAUGCAUUACAGGUUUAAGCAACAUUAAAGUAAAAGGAGAGGGCCUCUUAGAUCUGGCAUUGCUAUGGAAAAGUCUUUUGAAUAGUGGUUUUGCUCUAACAAGCCGUAAUGAUAUUGCUGGGAAUAGUCUAAGCACCCUUGUUCAACUGUGUUUUGGAGUUCCACUGGCCAAGACGGAACAGUGUUCUAAUUGGGAACUGAGACCAUUAAGAAGUACUCAAAUUCACUAUGCUGCUCUAGAUGCUCAUGUACUUCUAGAAAUAUACUAUUACCUCCAAAAUAGGUGCCUUAAACAGGGCAUAAAAUUUGAUGAAAUAUGCAAUGAUGUCAUGCUAGAAGGUAAACAAAAAAGCUCGAAGAAGUUAAAAGUGGCAGAUAGAAUUCAGUCUUCAUUUAACAGUAUGCCACAAAGAUCACCAGACCAAAUAAAAUUUUCUGUUGAUCCUAAACUUUCUGAUCUACUGUCUUAUUUAAGAUAUUGUGGUUUUGAUUCAACAGUUACAUCACCAACAAUGCUGUGGCAUGACAUUAUAAAUCUUGCCAUAUCUGAAGAUAGAUUGUUGCUCAUACCAAAAAUGAAGUUCUCACCAACUCCCAAUUAUUCACAGUCUUCGAUUUUUGAAGUAGGACCAGGCAAUGUAAAUGACCAGAUCAAAAAAAUCCUUGCCUAUUUUAGAGUUGAUUUGAAAGCCUGUAAACUGCUCAGCAGAUGUGUAUACUGUAAUGAAGCACAGUUCAAAAUGCUGACAUCCAAUGAAGUACACAAUAUUUACAAUGAUUAUGUUAAGUCUUCAUCAUACACAAAUAAAUAUACAGAAAACGAAUAUGAAGAUGAUGAUGUAAAUUAUGAUAACUUCCUCAGUGACUCUGACUGUGAUGACGAAUUAUACGUCCCUGUCUCCAAUACAGUAGGCCCUAAGGUUAAUAAAAGUGUGCCUCUCCAGUAUGAGGGCAUUGAUAAACUUAUAAAAAGUAAUCAUCAGGCUAUGCUCUGUGAAGGCUGUGGGAAACUGUUAUGGGAAGAAGAGGAAAUAAUGAAAGCUGCUGGUGAUGUGAUAAAUAAAUUGGCAAAAUUAUCAAUAGCAUAGGUAUAUAGAUAAGUUAU